GAAUUUUUGUCCUUCAGCACCCCUCUUUCUAUUUAUUUUCUAAGCUGUGCACAUUCUGUACACCACUAACAAUCAGCAUCACUGCAGGAAGACAUUCUGAAAAAAAUGAAGCAAGUUUACCCAACUUUUAAGUAUCUUCUAGUCCUCUUUGUGCUUCUUUUCACAGCUGGUGCAUUGGUUGAAGCACAAAAGUGCAAGCCAAGUGGCAAAGUGAAAGGAAAGAAGCCCCCGAAAAAUCAGUGUAACCAGGAUAAUGGCGCAGAAUGCUGUGAACAAGGAAAAUUUUACACCACCUACAAGUGUUCGCCACCCGUGUCCGCGCAUACAAAGGGAAUUUUAACAAUAAACAGUUUUGAGGAGGGUGGAGAUGGGGGUGGACAAUCAGAAUGCGAUGGUAGGUAUCAUGACGAUGACACUCCUGUGGUGGCACUGUCAACAGGAUGGUUCAGCAACAAGAAGAGGUGUCACCACCAUAUCACCAUUAAUGGAAAUGGAAGAAGCGUGAAGGCGUUGGUGGUCGAUCAUUGUGACUCUACUAGGGGAUGUGAUGGUGAACAUGGUUACCAGCCACCGUGCUCAAAUAAUAUUGUUGAUGCCUCAAAAGCUGUUUGGAAAGCAUUAGGUGUCAAUGAGAAGAACAAGGAAUGGGGAUGGAUGGAUAUCACCUGGUCUGAUGCUUGAUUUUCAUUUGCUCUCUUUCUUGUGUUCUGAAAUAAUCUUGCUUUGCUGCAAGACUGUUGUUUUAUUUCUAACUUUCCACCCUUCUGUUUGAAUGGGAAGCAGUAUAUAAAUUUGUUCCUCUGGAACAUAUAGGAAAUGCACAACAGUAGUGCAUGAAAGUGGGAGUACCAAGAAAAAUUUGUCAUGGUACUUUUUGAGCUGAAGUCAAUUUCACAUUUUGAA